UUACACAACUCCUAUGGCUGGGCUUAUUGAGGUCUUGCAAUGGUGCGUAUGCUUGAUUCCGUCAUUGUUGCUAUUUGUACAUUCAUUUCCAAUUUCCUCCAUGCAUUGUGGACAAUAUUAGAACCAGCUGACUUGCCAGCGCAAGGCCCCUCUCCCUGGGAUUUUAUGGAGGAGCUGAGCCCCAGACAACUGGCUGUUAAGCAGCUGAAGGAACAGUUCCUGGAGGCCCUACAGGCCAACAAUGCACAAGAAGUCUUGAAAAUUCUGCACACUGACAAGCUAGACAUUGACACUGUGCUGGAGGUGGACGACCCGGGCAUGGUCCUGGCCUCGUAUAAACAAGGAUAUUGGCUACCAUGGUACAAAUUGGAGAAGUCCUGGGCGAUGGGUAUCCAUGUGUGUGUGAUGUACAACGCUCUGGAAACAGCUCUGAUGCUCCUUGAGAAAGGUGCAGCUGUCAACCGCAUGCCCAAUGGGAAAACACCGCUGCAUGUGGCCUGCGAGGUCUCCAACAGCGACUUUGUGGCCUUGCUUUUGGCUCAUGGAGCAAAAGUCAGCAGCUUGUCACUGAGUGGACACACAGCGCUGCACUACUGCAUCACCAGAGAGUCGGUAGACUGUGCCAAGCAGCUCAUCCUCAAAGGUGCAAAAGUCAACGUAGCCAGCCACAACAAUGAUGAGGACACACCUUUACACACAGCAGCCCGAUUUGGUGUCCCAGAACUGGUGGCUCUCUUUUUGGCCCACGGAGCUUCUGUAGAUGCAGUCAACUCUCUGCAGGAGACUGCGCUGAUGACUGCAGCCUUCUGGGCUUUCGACACUAAAGAGCAAAUCUACAGCCAAGAGCAUCACUUUGUCUGCCGCCUCCUUCUGGACCACCAGGCUGAUCCCAACCUUCAAGAAGAAGACCAUAAAACAGCUCUUCACAAGGCAGCCUGGAACUGUGAUCACGUCCUGAUGCAGAUGCUGCUGGAGGCCGGAGCAGAUGCACGAGCCAUGGACAUCAACGGCUGUGCCCCCAUUCAGUAUCUCCUCAAAGUGACAGAUGUCAGGCCUAUGGCCAUACCAGAGCUCUGCUAUCAGCUGCUCCUCAACUAUAAUGCAGCGCGGAUCUACCCACCGCAGUUCCACAAGGUGUUGCAGUCCUGCCAUGACUACCCCAAAGUUGUAGAAAUCACAGUCAACUCUUACGAACGUUUAAAGCCUACAAAGAAGUGGAGAUCUGCUAUUCCUGAUGACUGCUACAAGCGUCACAAAGACUUCUACGACUCUGUGUUUGCCGUUUGCACCAACACCCCUCGCAGCCUGCUCCACCUCGCCAGAUGUGCCAUCCGAGCCGGCCUGGGUGGGUUCUGUCACAAAGGGGUACCACAGCUGCCUCUGCCGUCUUCCAUGAAGAAGUAUAUAUUAUUGGAACCUGAGGGGAUACUGUACUGAUGAAGAGACUUCUGUUAUAAACUUGAGUUACUGCGUGGAAAAGUGCUCCAAUGUGCAGAAUGUCACCUGAUGAUCUGAACAGAAACAUGUCUGUCUGCGGUCUGUGGGAAUGGAAAACGCUGCUCGCUGGAAGCAUGCUUAUCACUCACAGAGGCUUUUGUCAGCAACUUAAGAAGUCUGUCUUUAGUGUUUUGCAGUAAACAAGACGCUACUGUACAUAUAAGCUGCCUGUACUGGAGUGGAACCCAAAUAACAUGACAAAGCAGAUAUUAAGGUGGUUUGAGGAUGAACACAAAAGAAGAAGAAGCCCUCUGACUUAUUACAAUUAUUGAUCAAUUGACUGUUCAACCAUAAAUGUACAGAGGUUUAGCAUUCAGCGCUGCCUCGUGCCGAAGAGGAUCCAAAUCUACCUGGCAACCACCUUAAUGCUCGCUCUCAUGUCAUCAACUCAUGCUCCUGUGAUAUUCCACUUCUUGCAGAGCAAACACUUGACAAGCCACUCCACAACAAGUGUUUGUUUUUCCACCGGACUGCGUGUAGCCGUGUGCAUGGACCAGUUAGCUGCAUUAUACAGCACAAAUAAGGCCUUUCCCCUCAACUUUCCCACAACAGAGAUCACUGAUCAGUAAAAACAGGGGUAGUAACUUAAUAACCCUGUCCGGUGUAUCAGAAUGUCCACUUUAACUCAACAUCAGAUGCGGCCUUUGAGCUGCUUUCCAUUCAUCUUGUUUUUUUUCCUUCAGAAGCACUUUGAUGCGCUGUGAAUUCUCACCUACAAAGACUACUGACCUGCUCUGAAAGGUCUCGUGUUAGUGCACAAUUCUACAUGAAGGCCAUUCAUCCCAGUCACAACAGCAUGCUGUAAUUGUCUAACUACAUUUUAUCCACAUGUUAAAUCUAAGUGAACACAGGGAAGUAAUGCCAUUGUAAACUAGAGGAAAGCAUUUGUUUGACCAAGGCUGGGACUGAGACGCUGAAGAGACGAAAAAUAACUGGUUUCGAAAAAUGUACAGGUCUAUGACGCACCCAUCUCUCUCUCUAUGAAAGCUCCACUCUGCAGGAUUGGUUCUUUCGGUUUGUUAUGUAUGAGAUAAUAAAAGUCUAAACCUAUGUUUGAGACUGCCAUUGGAGCACAUGGUGGAAACAUUCAGCCAUGGUGUUGACUCAUUUCACUCAUGGUGUGUCUUCUAGUAUAUAAAACCCUUAUAUGGACAUUUUUACAUGUCAAAAAAACAAACAAAAAAAAACAAACUCAACAACAACCAACUACUUGCUUUUUGCCCGAGGGAAUCUUUAAAGCUACUUCUUUGCUUUUUUUUUUCAUCUCUAAUCAUAGGUUAUACACACACACACUGAUUUCCAAAAAUGCUUUCACGGUGUAACAAAAAAAGGGACAGUCUGAGUAACUAACGUCUGGAAAGCCUUUCAAAUAAUUGCGUAAAACAUCGUAGGUCAAAUAUUAUUUGUUUCCACAAUCACAGAUCCAACAUAUAGGAGUUUAUGCUGUUCCAAUUAUGUGUGAAUAAAUACAUAAAACCACAUUGACCUUAUUGCCGCAUGUUACAGCAGCUGUGUAUAACUGGAAAUGUAGUCAGGCAGAUAUAAUCACUGUGAAUCUUAUACUGUCCGUGGGUGGUGCACAUUGACAGGUGUGUCCUUGCAGACUUCUGUUUUGUGUUUUUUUGUAUAUAUUGUGGCAGCAUUUUAAAAUCCCUACAAUAAACCAAACAAUCUACAA